AUGUCAAGAUCCGUUCCUGGCCAUUUCAAUGACUACACUCCACCCUUGGGAGAGGGACUCAGUCACUCAGAACACCCCCAGGACACAGGACAUAGAAACCUUGUGAUCAAUGAAACACUACAAGUUGUCGUCAAUAACUCUGUGUCAGACCCGCCCAAUGAUAGCCUCCAAGUAUCAGGCGAGGAGCUGGGCCAACCAGAACAACCUCAAGAUUCGGGAGAGACAAACCUGGUGAUGAGUGAAAUGUUACAAGUCGCCAUCAACAAUUCCCUGUCUGAUCCACUCGAUGAUGCCCUCCCAGUCAUAGAUGAGGAGCCAAGCCAUUCAGAACACACACAGGACUUGGGAGAGAUACACCUCAGUGGAGUGCAACAAGUCGUCAUUACUUCCAUUCGCGCAACCGAUCUCGCUCUUGGUCUUCGACGGAUUCCCGCUGGCUUCCAUGUGGUAAUCAAGGUUAACGGUGCUGAAUAUUGGACAAGCAACAAAUCUGCACAUGUGGAUGAAGCUGUCGUCGAAUGGCACGAGCGCAUUCUUCUGUCGUGCGAGUCAUCUUCUAAAGCUCGGGUCAGCGUGUAUGCAUCAUUUGAAUUGGGUCACAUGCUCUGUCACGGAGAACUCCUGCGCACAUUCGAGAUCUCUGUUGGAGAAUUGCUGGAUCGCAGCGAAAGGUCUCAUCCCAUAAAAUUUCAACCGAAGCAGGGCGAAGUCGUAUCUACUUGUACUUCACUGUUCAUGGUGGUGGAGCAGCGGUUUUCUGAUCAAAACGAUGGGAGAAUUCUUUGUCCCCUUACUACCCUUACAUCUCGCGAUAUGGAUGCGUUAGCUCAAAGGACGGAUGCCGGACAUCGUCUUCUCGCACGAUACCGCAGGACGCAGAACGACAAUGAUCUCGACCAAUCCAUAAAUCACUUCGAACGCGCCUCAGAUCUCUGCCCUGUGGAUCAUCCCUACCGCCCUGCAGCAAUGUUCAAUCUAGCCACUGCAAAGUUUAUUAGUUGCCAAGCCAACGGAAGAUACCUCGACCUCGACAUACCUAUCUCACUUUUUCAAGACGCACUUGAUUUGUAUCCCACUGGUCAUCCAGACCGACCCACCACCCAACUCCAUCUUGCUAUUUCUCUGCUCUCUCGCUUCGCGAGACGGGAAUUUCAAAGAGAUGCCGACACAGCUGAAGAGUUACUGAGCGAAGUACUUGAUGUCUGUCACGCCAACAGUCACAUUUACAGAGCAGCUUUGAUUGCAAUAGAAACAUCCGCUCUGCAUUCUGUUGGAAGCAUAGAUACAAAUGAUCUUCAGCAGGAGCGGCCUGCCGCACCCAUACUCCCGUUAUCACCAAAUCAGCUUCUUCAUCGAGCACAGCGGUGUUUGGAGAGAGAUGAGCCCCGUGCCUUAAAUGAAGUGAUAUCCCUUCAUUACGAUGCACUGCGAUACUACAAUACCGGACAUGCUUACCGAGGGCAAUUGCUAUGUAAUCUGGCUGCCAUGCUGGGAACUCGCUUCGAGCGUCGAGGCAAUGGCAAAGACUUGGAUCAGGCCAUCACACUUCAGAUGGAAGCACUGGCCUUGCGCCUGGUCGGUCACGCAGGUCGGUCCACGUUAUUAAAUAACCUCGCAACUGAACUCUCCUUCCGCUUUGAGCACCGAGGCAACGACGAAGACUUGGAUCAGUCUAUCGCACUGAACAUGGAAGCGCUGGCCUUGCACCCGGUUGGUCACACAGAUCGGUCCACGUCAUUAAAUAACCUUGCAACUCAACUCUCCUUCCGCUUUGAGCACCGAGGCAACGACGAAGACUUGGAUGAGGCUAUCGCACUUUACAGGGAAGCGCUGGCCUUGUGCCCGGUCGGUCACACAAAUCGGUCCGCAUCAUUAAAUAACCUCGCGACUCAACUCUCCUUUCGUUUUGAGCACCGACGCAACAAUGACGACUUGGAUGAGGCUAUCAGACUUCACAGGAAAGCGCUGGCCUUGCACCCGGUCGGUCACGCAGAUCGGUCCAUGUCAUUAUAUAACCUCGCGAGUGAACUUGCCUCCCGCUUUAAGCACCGGGGCAACGACGAAGACUUGGAUGAGGCUAUCGCACUUCACAGGCAAGCGCUGGCCUUGCGCCCGGUCGGUCAUACAGAUCGGACCAGGUCAUUAAAUAACCUUGCGAAUCAAUUAUCCUCCCGCUUCAAGCACCGGCGCAACGACGAAGACUUGGAUGAGGCUAUCGCACUUCACAGGCAAGCGCUGGCCUUGCGCCCGGUCGGUCAUACAGAUCGGUUCAGGUCAUUAAAUAACCUUGCGAAUCAAUUCUCCUCCCGCUUUAAGCACCGGGGCAACGACGAAGACUUGGAUGAGGCUAUCGCACUUCACAGGCAAGCGCUGGCCUUGCGCCCGGUCGGUCACACAGAUCGGUCCAUGUCAUUAAAUAACCUUGCUAAUCAACUCUCCUCCCGCUUUAAGUACCGGGGCAACGACGAAGACUUGGAUGAGGCUAUCGCACUUCACACGGAAGCGCUGGCCUUGCGCCCGGUCGGUCACACAGAUCGGUCCAUGUCAUUAAAUAACCUUGCUCAUCAACUCUCCUCCCGCUUCAAGUACCGGGGCAACGACGAAGACUUGGAUGAGGCUAUCGCACUUCACAGGCAAGCGCUGACCUUGUGCCCGGUCGGUCACAAAGAUCGGUCCAUGUCAUUAAAUAACCUCGCGACUCAACUCUCCUCCCGCUUUGAACACCGAGGCAACGAUGACAACUUGGAUGAGGCUAUCAGACUUCACAGGGAAGCGGUGGCCUUGUGCCCGGUCGGUCACACAGAUCGGUCCGGGUCAUUAAAUAACCUCGCGAAUCAUCUUUCCUUCCGCUUUCAGCACCGAGGCAACGAGGAAGACUUGGAUCAGGCUAUUAGACUUCACAGGGAAGCGCUGGCCUUGUGCCCGGUCGGUCACACAGAUCGGUCAGGGUUAUUAAAUAACCUCGCGGCUCAACUCUCCUUUCGCUUUAAGCACCGGCGCAACAACGAAGACUUGGAUGAGGCUAUCGCACUUCACAGGCAAGCGCUGGCCUUGCGCCCGGUCGGUCACACAGACCGGUCCAUGUCAUUAAAUAACCUCGCGACUCAACUCUCCGCCUGCUUUGAGCACCGAGGCAACGCCGAAGACCUGGAUCAGGCUAUUGCACUUGACAGGGAAGCGCUGGCCUUGCGCCCGGUCGGUCACACAAAUCGGUCCACGUCAUUAAAUAACCUCGCCAAUCAACUCUCCUCCCGCUUUGACCACAGAGGCAACAGAGAAGACCUCGAGGAGUCGCGAGAGAGCCUACGCUGUGCAUUAGCUCUGAUGAUGCAACAUGAUCCUCGUCAAUUACUAGUGCAUAGCUCGCUGGCUAGCGUUUGUUUGUCGUUCCAUCGUUCAAGCCUUGGCGAUACUGGCGCAAGUGAAGACACUGAUAGUCUGAAUGCUGCCAUGUAUCAUUUCAAGGCAGCGGCAAAUAUCGUCCCCGGAGGCUUGCUAGCCCGCCUGCGAAUAAGCCUGCGUUGGGUUGAUGAAGUUUCUCAACAUUCACAUCCCACUGAACUGGAGGCAUAUGCAACUUCUAUGCAACUUCUGGACGCUUAUAUGUCUACAACAUCUUCCGUAUCGUCUCGUCACAAUAUCAUGAAGGAAUUCCCACGUACGCUUGCCGUUGAUGCUGCAUGCUGUGCUCUUCGUAGUGGUGAUGUGUGUCGCGCUGUCGAGUUGUUGGAACAAGGCAGGACUAUCAUCUGGACCCAGAUGACACGACUCCGCACUCCUCUUGACAGCCUUCAGACUCACGGCGAUCAUGGAGUAGCCCUGAUGAAGAGAUUCAGAAACCUCAGCUCCCUCCUCGACAAACCUCCUGCGAACUAUUCGGAAGGAAACUCGAGAGUCGAUAGAGAAGCAGAGGAAGCCCGGUACAGACGUCUAGUGGCGGAGUGGAAUAGAGCUGUAGGAGAGAUCCGGAAGAUCGAGGGCUUCUCCCGCUUCCUCCUCCCCCCCUUAUUCUCCGAUCUUCAAGAUGCAGCUCGUGAUGGGCCUAUCAUCGUUCUCAUCGCAAGCGAGGCGUCGUGCCACGCCAUCAUCAUCCCGCACAAGCAACCUCCGACUAGCAUUCAACUCCCUACCGAUUGGCAGAAACUCGUCAAAUUAGUACCAGAACUCCGAGAGGCAGUUCAAAAAGAGGCCAGUCCUAAAGGGAACCAAACAGCGCUGAUAAAAGCUUUGAGAGAGUUGUGGGACGGUGUGGUUGGCCCGGUGGUCGAAAGUCUGGGUAGAAUCGUACGUCCAGGUUCCCGAAUAUGGUGGUGCCCGACGUCUCUCUUCAAUUUCAUGCCGUUACAUGCUGCUGGCGAGUACAGGCCAAAGGGAAAGUCCGUUUCGCAGCAGUAUAUCUCUUCAUACACACCAUCGCUCACCGCGCUGAUCAAGGCUCGCAGAAGUCAUGACAGGUCCUUGUCGGUGCCCUUCGUGGCCAUUGGUCAGGAUUUCCCAGCCGGUGCCUCAUUCAAAUUGGAUGCUGUGGAGCCUGAGCUGGAGUUGGUGCGGGGACUUUUGCUCCCUCCCCCUACUGUUUCCUUCUCUAAGGUUACCAGCGUGGAUGCCACGAGAUCGAGAGCAUUGUCCUUUCUUAUGCGCGAUCAGCCGCUUUCGCUCCUUGAUAUCACGCAAGCGGAUCUGUCUCGGCAUGAAUUUGCGUUUCUUUCAGCCUGUGAGACCGCAGUCGGUGACUUUGAUACUCCCGACGAAGUGAUACACCUAGCGGCUGGCCUGCAAUUUGCCGGGGUUAACAGCGUCGUGGGGACAAUGUGGAAGGUCACCGAUAGUACGGUGCAGCAUUUAGUCAAGGCAUUCUACAAAAACUUAUGCGGGGAUGGCCCAAUGAAUUCCAAACGAGCUGCCUGGGCGCUGCACAGAGCGGUCCAGUCGUUGGCUUGUGACAAGGACAUCAUAAUUCCCUUGGACCAGCGCAUACUGUUCGUGCAUAUUGGCAUAUAAUCAAUUCCGUGCGUCUUCCCACCUUGUUGAUUGAAGCAUUCUGACGACUUUGCAUGUAGUAUCCAGUCAUAGUCACGCCCAACCUGUGAAUUGCAAGGAGUUCGAUAUUGCAGACUUUGAGAUUGUAUACCUACACGAUAUGUACACCUAAUUUACUGAUCUGAAAAUGUACACGAAAUUUCGGCUUCAAUUCGUGUUUUCCAGUUUGUUGCCUUGGGACCGGAGUUGGGGCCAGAUGUUAUCGCUCCUAAGAUGCACUCAGGUUAAUGAUUUACGGGUAAGUUGCACGACGCAUAACACCUCAUGUGGCAAGACACAAUUUGCUAUGGACGUGAUAUAUAAGUCAAGUGUCCGAAUUGCGCGAGGGCGUUGAAUUUACUCACACCCAUCAU